UCUGAGAAAGUCGUGUGCGUUUCUGCGUGUCCGUCAUGUUGUUGGUGUGUUGCUUUCUGCUAAUAUUGCUGGUAAAUCGUUUCGACUUGUUUAGUCACACUAACGUGAACAGACACUGAAGAAGUGUAGACUCGCACUGUUGUUUUGAUGUGUGUUUCUAAACGGCGGCGUCCACUGACUUCGAGUGUUGUGCCUUGCGGCGUACAUACUCUUGGCGAAGUGAAGCCACGAGCGUCGAGGGAAAUCCACACAUCGUGAGCGAGCCAUGCAGGGUGUCCAGGUGACAUCGUCACCGGCCAAGUCGUACACCAUCAAGGACAGGAUUGCCCAGAUCUACUAUAAGCAUGGCCUUUACUGCUCCAGCCAUCCACUCACGCUCAUCAUAUUUGCGAUCUUCACCUUCAUGCUGGCCUGCUACCCGUUGUUGCACAUCCCGCUACUGGGCAGCUCCUCACAGCAGUUUGCCACUCCGAUCUCGGUCUACAGCGCCGAGCUUGAUGCUGAUUCUCAGAGAAUUGGCCCUCGUUGGUUCCAGGGUCCACCCGUGGCAUAUGUGCAGCAGAUAGUGGUGAAAGCAGCUGUGUCACCAUGGCAACCAGAUCUCCUGCUUAUGGAUGCCUUCCGCUCCCCACUCGCCGAAUCCUUCCGCAUCACGGAGAUUGUGGGGAAUCACCAGUUCAUGGACAGCAAUGGAACAAAGCAUGCCCUUCAGGACGUGUGCCUUCAGGUGUCCGAGUCUACGGACAAAGUGGCUGCAGCCUCGCUCCCUCAGUAUGGCUGCCUUGUCCUGUCCCCUACGUAUGUCUGGAAGCAGGACUUCAAUAUCUUCCGGCACGACAGCCAACCUCUCAUGAGCAUCUUCAAUCAGAAAGAUGAGACUUCAAAUUCAUACUACUUGAGAGAGAUCCUCUUUGGUGUCCCCUGGAAAGAAACUGGCAUAAAGAAGUUCUGUGUGCGGAACAGGCAAAGGGUCAUUACUUUUGCUGUCACCAUUGUCCUGAAGAAGUGGGAGCCCAGUUUGGUGCACACCCUCGAGGAAAAGCUGCACCAGGCGUAUCCGGGGCACUCACACAACUCGUCGUCCAAGGACCGAGAGCAGGAAGAAAUUGUACACGUCCACUUCCAGUACCAGCACACGCUGGCCGAAUUUGUGCCCCUGGGCACAAUUUAUGUCAUCUUGUUUCUCUACAUCUAUUACUCCGUCCGCAAAAUAGAGCUGGUGAAGUCCAAGUGGGCAAUAUCAGUGAGUGCAGUUCUCACUGUGGUCAUGUCACUAUUCAUGUCUGUUGGUCUCUGCCUUUGGUUUGGCCUGAACCCUACUUUGAAUGGAAGCCCUCUGGUGUCACCACGGUCAUCCUGCCUCCCCAGUGAGAUCCUGCCAUAUCUAGUUGUUGUCAUUGGCCUGGAGAAUAUGUUGGUACUGACCAAGUCAGUGGUUUCAACUCCAGUGCAUGUUGGCGCCAAGGUUCGCCUUGCUCAAGGUCUUAGCAAGGAAGGCUGGUCCAUAACCAAGAACUUACUUACGGAAUUGCUUCUGCUGACCUUUGCUUUCCUAACCUUCGUUCCAGCAAUUCAGGAAUUCUGCAUGUUUGCAGUCGUUGGUCUACUGUCAGACUUCUUUCUUCAAAUGGUCUUUUUUGCUACUGUGCUCUCCAUUGACAUCCAACGUAAAGAGAAAUCUGACUUGAAGAAAGGAAAGUCGGAAGCAGCAAAUUCAUGGACAGAUGACGACAAAAACAUAACGACUGCUGAAAACAGGAGCUCUGUUGGUGUACUGUACAGAUCUCGGCGCUCCGAUGGCAUUCCUGUGAUGACGUAUAGCGCUGGCCGAGCCAUGUCUAGGGUUUUCGCCACGCCCACUUCCCCAAUUUUGAAGCUGCCGAAACGACUUCGUUUGGUCUACUUCUGGGCUCGCAUGCGCCUUAUUCAGAGAGGACUCAUGCUUGGCCUUGUUGUCUGGGUUGUGGUGCUCAUCCAGAGCAUGGGAAUUGUCACGAAGCUAACUGACAACACCACCAAUUUGGGCCCCAACAUUGCCGAGUCAGUGCACCCAUUCAUACAGAUGCUCACUGGCCACAAUGGCUCCGAGGAAGCCUUGGAGGAAGCCCUGUCAUCGCAGUCAUCUUCUUCGAAGGAGACCCUCACUACUCACCACGAGAAUGCCAACCUGCACCACACUAAUACUCGCCUCUGGGAGGAACUGCCAACAAAGCACUGGACCACCCUGUUUGGCUACUACAACAUCUCUGUAGCUGGCAGGUACAUAAGCAUCCUGCCACCCAUCUUUCUGUCCGUGCCAGUACCGGCCAGCAAGGCUGUUGAAUUGCGACAUGUGGACGAUCACAAGACUGUCUUCCAUACUAAUUGGCGCAUCAUCCCCAACAUUGACGCAGAGCAAGCAGAAAAUGCGGUCAAUGGUCUGAUGCAUCCGGCAAGCAGUGCUGAGGCUACACUGGUGCUGGCUCUGUCCAUUCCAACUGUUCUCUUCAUCGUGUACCUGUUUGUGACCCUUUACCGGUGCAUGUGCUCACGCAACUAUGCUGAAUGGAGGUCCAGUUGGUCCAACUUGUACCAGUCCCGAGACCCUGACACCUUUCUCGUCAUGGAUACCUACCCCAUCGAACUGCAAGGACACAGCCAGGAAAUCGAAUACAUGAUUACCGAGGACAACACGAUAGUCAGCUCUGACCUUGGUGGUGACGUCAGGAUUUGGGACUCCAAUACAGGAGAGUGCAUCAACAUCCUCAAUAGAAGAAGAAGCAGACUGAGAAGACCAAAACAAGAGAACUAUACCCUGCUGCGUGCUAGUGGCAGCUUCUCUUCAGAUUCUACUUACGGUUCGUCACCUACAGAUUCCUGCGAUUUCGGCCUCAGCAGCCAGAUUGGCAGGGACCAUCCACCCGAAUUUUUUGUGGGACAAAGCAGUCCAGCUGGCCUCUCCCCUGGUGUUGCACCCGAGGACAUUCGCAGCAAGGGAUACGACUUCUCGAGGUUUGUUACACCAUACUUGCAAAUGCCUUCAUCACCCCGAGAAGCUGAGGACCGGGAGUUAGCCAUGCAUCAAGUAAAGGAGUCGCUGGGUGUCGGUGAAGAACCAUCUCUGGCGAUGGCAGCUGGUGGUGAUGUGCCAGGCAUUGGGUCCAACUACACAGCAGCAGCCAAUGUGGAGUUCCAGCCCAUCUGGUGCAUGGGCUGCUACAGCCACUGGCUUAUCGUCGGGUGCCAGAAUGGCCGCAUUGAGCUCUGGCACAUGCCCACAGGUCGCCUCUGCGGCGUGUACACAGACAACACUGAUGGAGUAACUGCGGUUACAGUCUCUGGUCACAGAAUCAUUACGUCAAGAAUAAGUGGCAUUCUGGAGUGCUGGCACCUUGAAAUGCAUUGUGACCGGCGAUCAUCUGAUGUGGGAGGGGUUUGGGAGAGUGGAGAGGUGCAAGCUAAGCUGGUGUGGGUGAACAGCGUGCGUGCCCACACUCAGCCCAUUUCAGUUGUCUGUGUCGAAGGGGGACAGAUAGUCACCGGCAGCCUGGAUCGCCUGCUUAAGGUGUUUCGCUGUGACACUGCUAUGUGCGUGUACACACUCCAUGGUCAUUCUGGAGGCAUUUCGGCCAUCCACGUCGAAAAGCCGGGUGCUUCAACAGCAGUGAGUGGCUGCCAGGAUGGCCUGGUGUGCGUGUGGGACCUGAUGACUGGCACGUGUGCCUACAGCCUGACAGCACACCGAGGGGCCGUCCUGUCACUGCGCACCACUGGUCUCUACCUGCUCAGCCUGGGAGUGGACUCGCGCCUCCGCAUCUGGGACAAGAGCCAGGGACACCUGCUGCAUACCCUCUACCAGGCAAACACACUGUGCAACACAAUGGCACUGCUGUCAGAGACCAUUGUCAUCACAGCUAAAGAAGACCACCUGGUUCUGUGGGACUUAAACCAGGGUGAGGCAGUACAAGUGGUCAUGCUGGGACCGGGCGACUCGGGUGUGGCUGUUCACCAGGUGCAUUGCACUUCGGACGCAGUGGUGUGCGACUAUGGCCACAGCCUGUGUGUGGUCUACUUUCCAGCACUGAGCACCAAGUUUGACUGAUAGACCGGGACUGGGAGAACUCUCCGUGCCCUUUGCCAAAGAUCUCGUCACGAGGCUGGAGACAGCCGAUAGUGACCACAAACGCAGACUAAUGUUAACAGGCUGCGUUGUCAGCAUGAAAAACCAGAUUCCGAGGUUGCAUCACGAGCAUUGCUUCACGGUCGAUACUACGUUUGCUUUUUGUUUCACCUGCAUUGAGCCCAAGGAAACAGAAGUCACAUUCGCCAACUUGCCAUAAUGACAGCCAAGUGUGCAGGUUAACACUCCAGCUCCAAGAAAAUGGCAUCGACACCGUUGUGGCCACUGUUGCUAUGUGCCCCUCAGAUGACUGCAUAGCACAUGUUUUCAUCUCAUUAUUUAAUUUUCAUGCUGGCAUUGCAGAUUCUGUCUUUCUCGUUUAUUUCGGUCUCACCUCGUGCCCAUUAAUGUGCUGACAGCGCCAUACUCAUAACUUCUGCAGUCAUUUGUGAGUGUGCCCAGAGUGUGGUCGAUGUCUCCAGAAGACCUACAGAGUCACCGAUGGGAAAGCACAUGACACUUUACCAAGCACUUUCGACCACUCCACGCAUUGGAUACCACUGCAGGCAUCACCAUCAUCUUCAUAUGUGCGGCCCCAUGCGGCCCUGCAUCAUUUUCGUGUUGGUGUUCGUUCAUCUCCACCUUCGUGCAUCUAUAAGCAGCAAUGGGACACAACUGCACCCAGUGAGCUUCAAGUGCAUUUGAAAGCACUUCUGAAGCAAAGUUUUUGGGCCCAUUUUUUUUAACAGCUGAUGCAUCGCAAGAAAGAAGGGAGAGAGAGAGAGACAUUUGUUUUAAUGAGUGCUGAUAGCUUUUGAAGGCUAUCAAACAGGUAAAGGUUUGUUGAAAUGUUGCCUAAUGUAGGACAGCAGCUUAUCGUGUUAGAUGCCAUUGCUGCCGCGUCAAGCCUCACUGACAGUUGUGCAAUUCGUCACUUGCGUGAAGUAAGAAGCAUGUGAUUGUGAAGUUCAGAAAACUCGUCUACUGCAGGAGCGGACAUACCACUGCAGGCAUUCUACAGCUCCUUAAAUUCAUGAAUACCCAAUUGUUUUUAUUGUAGCUUGUUCUUUCGUGGUGGUUCAAUUCCUUCGCUGACACUGUAUACUGAGUGAUUCGAAUGGGAAGACAUGCAUGCACUAGGAUACACAAGUUUCAUUUGCAUGCUGCAGCUACCAUUUACAAGGGACCUUGUUUUUAAUGCAUUUGUGGACUUGUUUAAAAUUAAGUCUGCAGGUAUGACCAACUUAUUUAUUACUCUUCUCUUAGUAGCUUUUCACUUUCAUUCUGUCUGUUUUUAGAAUGAGUCGAAGUUGUUUUUGUUCUGUUGUAUGAGUGUAGCUACUGUGUACAUUUUGCAACCCCCAUUUGUCAAGUGUACAUAUAUUGUAGCAUACCUUAUUGUGUUACAUUGUUAUUGCUACUGUGAUUAAGAUCUAUAACUAAAGCUAUUGCUGCACUUAUUGAUAUAUGUGCGUGGCUUUCAACUCACUGGGAUUUUAAGUCCUUUGAAGCUGUAUCAUGCUUUUGUGGACCUUGUAAUGUGUCUUGUCAUGCCAUUCAAUGUAUGUCUGUAUUAUGCCUCUUGUUUACUUUCACCAGUGAUUGCAGUGUCUUCUAUUCAAAUGAUUUUACCAAACAGCCAGCCACUUUGCAAAAGAUCCUGUAGUUUGCUUUAACUGUCCUGCAAAGUUUGGGUGUUUGUCAUGGCAUUGGAAUUGCAUAUUGGACUUUUUUUUACAACGAAAACAAUAUUAAAAAAAAUAUUUGAUCUCUGUGAGGAUGCUUUCUUUACUACUCGUCCCUUCAAUGCAGAAUACACUAGGAGGAUGAGUAGUGGCCACCUUCUGUUUGCUACAAAGGCCCAUGUAGCAAUGGCAGGAUUGCGGAGGAGCAGUGGAGAAAGCUGACACAAUUUAAAAGCGCCAUUCAUAUUUUAGAUAUUCUAGACAGAAUUUCACUUUUUCUCAGUCCGAUUAUGCAACAGUGCACAAAGAGUGCUGGGCGUGACGCUAUCAUGAUGCUUGAUGCUGUCAUGAAGCAAAGCAGCUCACACUGCAAUGGGCUGCUGAGACAUCUAAUCCAUCAUUAUGGGCCUGUAUCGCAAGUGAUAAGAGACAAGUACAGGCGGUAGAACCAGUUUUUUUCAAAAAAGAUCAAACAAGGCUGAAAUCAUCACGGGGGAUGCAUUUCCAAUGCCCUUCGUAUGUGAUUUUAGAAUUAGAAUGGAAAAAGGAUAAAUUUUCAUUGAUAAAUAUUUCAACAAUGAAUGAUGUUUCUAAAGUUGCAUAAGUUCUCUCGCGUCCCAUGGUGCCCCCCUGUAUUACUGCCAUUCUAAUAUGACCUUUAAAGCCAGUAACUAGAAAUGUUAAUCAGUCCUACUUAAUGAACGGACUGUGACAGCUACUUGUUCAUCUGUUGUCCACCAUACUGAAAAGACUAGUAGUGAAGAAAGAAUCCUCGCAGUGGUUGAAUUCCUUCUUAAAAAAUUUUGAAGAUUAACUGAAAGGAAUAUUUGGUCAUAUCCCAAAAUGGAAAUAGAAUUACAUGGUUCAAAAUGCUGUGCCUGACUUACACUGAAGUUAUAAUAGAGAUAUGGGCAUUCAAAGAGCAAAUAUAAUUGCACGUGUCCCAAUUCAAGCUGACACUGAGAUUCCAUAAAAGUCCAAGGUCCGUGGAUUUAUUCUUUUUUCUUUUUUGCAGCAAACAAAUUGCAAGCUGCUUUAUUGUCCCGUGAUUCCUUACUGGAAUAGAGUCCUCCUCCUCAGAGCAGUUUGACAGAAGGAAAGAGCUAAUACUUAUAAAACACACAGGACAUCGCAAUGCAGUGCAGUUCACUUAUAACAAUACAGUAGAACCUCAUUGAUAUGUUCCCGUUACGUAUGUUUUCCCAACGCCAACGUUCGCAAUCGAGUACAAAAAUAGAGCUAAACAAAUUUUUUUACCGGUUCAUAUGUUCCAACAAAACACAAUUUUUCGGCACCAAUGUUCAGUAUGUCGCCAAACUGCAAUCGUAUGAUAAAUUUUCUGGUUUCUGGGUCUCAUAUAAACAAAAUAUUUUUGAGGCUUGCGGUCGAGAACAGUAUAUAGCUGCCUGCCGUGGCAGCUUCACCACGAUACUCGACCACACAUCUCACGUGAAAACGCCGUCGCACACUCAGCUUCUCAUUUCGGUACCAGCAAAUCUUCGCCGGGGUCGUCGCACACCGCGGCAUUCGCAGUUAUUACUGUCAAUCCUAUUGUGAUAAACAUAUUCACCUAUCUGUCUCACAGCGCACGGUGCCGUCGGUAGCGUAGCACACGCUUUUAAUAGAGGAUAACUGAAACGUGCCGCCAUUCCCUACGGCAGGCGGCGCGAUGUGGGCAUGACGUUUCGCUUCAGCGGCGUCCGGCGUCGCCCACCAGCUCGAUUUCGUUUCGGUUUCCUGUCGCCCUCUUAAACACCACACAGUGGGAAAACAAAACACGUCUCCAGCCAUCGGCGCCUCGUGCUGCAGCGAUCCACGUGAGGGUUUGCAUUACUUAGAUGUCAGAAAUAAUUGAGUCUGUCAAAUAUUUUUAGAUACUUCACAUCAGACAUUUUCCCGGAUAGUACGUUCUUUCUUGCGUUUUUUUCCAAAACAUAUGAAUGAGGUUCUACUUAUUCACAAAACUUGACAAUCAAAUUGUUGUAAGCAAUCAUCAUUGUAUCUAGAGUAGUCCUAGAACUCUGUGUAAGGGCAUUAAAAAAAUUUUGUAGUCAACACAGUUAUGACGUCAAAACUCAACAUGUUUAGUGCCAGCAACAUUGCAGCCCGCAAAUUUCUGGCUGUGCCACACAGUAGGUGGGCAAAUGAAGUCCAAAAUGUCUUCUUACUUGUCCAGCAGGCAGCGCUUGACGUUAUCGUAAAUAUCCGUUCACGUAAGUUCUCUGGACUGGAUGAAAUCAUCUGCCAUAUUGCGGAUUUAACAUAGGGAACUCGUCUGCCACGGUAAUACUCUAUAUAUUAUGUCAGGAUCAUUUAGUUAAUUGAACUUGUUUAUUUAAUUUCUUGUGACACCUUGAACACCUUUUCCCAAUCUACCAUUUCAUCAUUGCAUCCACUAUUUAACACUAGCCACAUCAUUUUAUCCACUCAAAGCAAUGUUUAUCUUGCUUGAAAUGGAUAAUUACAAGCUGUAUAUUGUCUUAUAUGGUAUUAACAUAAGUGAAUCGCACUGUAGGGGAAAAGAUCACCCAUCAGUUAUCAGCAUCUAUUGUUUUUUCACUGGUGAAACUGCUUCCUUUGAUCAGAAUGUUGGAUGCUGCUAGACUUGAAGCUCCUGGCUCAGGUUCAUGUAGAUCACCUGUUAAAAAGAACAUAGCUCCUAUUGACUGAGAUUGUGUGUGUUUGUUUACCAGAUUUUCAUUUGAAUGGAAAUCUGGAUUAAUGGGAUUAUGAUGCACAAGCUUUAUAGUGUGCAGGUACUGUUUUCAGGUUUGCCUGCAUGCAUGAACUGUCUGAAUUCAAGUGUGUGAAUAGGCAGCAGUUCAGUGUCUUUCACCUGUGCAAAAAUUUUUUGCACUGUUCUUGUCACAUUCUCAGUACACAUUUGGCUUUGUGAGCUCAUUGUGCUUCACUGCUUAUCCUGGUCUGUAAUGUGUACGUGAUGGGUGCAGCAUAUUGUGCACUUUCGUGUCUGGUGUAAUGUGCAUGUUCCCGAAUAAGGGUUGAGUGCCGAGGUAUUUCUGCUACACUGACGUCUGGAAAAGCUAGUGUCCACGUGAUAAGGUUAAAAAAGAAGCAUAAUUUCAGAGAAAUGAGCCGUACACCUACUCAAAUCCUCCAAUUUUCAUUGUUUUGUUACUUGGCUAGUCUUUGUCUGUUGGAUGUCUGCACCUAUUAAAGGGGCCCUGAACAACUUUUUAUCAAAGUCACGAAAUACAUUUGAAGUUAAAAGAGGCUAUUUCAUAAAUAUUUUGCCACAAAAACUACUUCAGUGCGUACAGCAGAGUUAUUGGCAAUCAAAGGCUGCCUAUAAUCCCCAUCACGAUGCUCCCACGCCUUUUUCAAUUCCUUGCACUGCGAAGGCUACGGCGGAGCAUGGCACGUCUACAAUGCUCCACCUGCUGAAUGUCACCGUGGCGCACAGUUCGAACUUGAUUUUAGAUGUUCACAUAGACUCCACUAUUUCUGAUUUUAGUGCCUACGACGAGCCAAAUGCAGUUGUUUUCAGUGAGCCGCAAUGCGCUCAGCGAGCAAACUCGUCAUGGCAGCUGUGGUAUCUAUGCUGCACAGCAGACCGCAGCUACGUGCAACUGUAGUGCAUAUACGCAGCAUUUUCUUUGUGCACGACAGGGCUUCAGUGCGCGCUCCCACUCAUACAGUCCAGUCUGGCCACGCUAGACCCAACGACUAGCAAGACCCAACGACUACAACACUGAUAAGCAGGGUGUCCAAAGAUUAAUUCUUGUGCCGGUGGCUACGGCCGAGCGUGAGCCGACAACAGUCGACUUCUUCCAGAAGUACGUAAUUCUUAUUGAAAUUUGAAAGCAGAUUUCCUGAUUAUUAAACUGCAUCAAUAAAUUAACAGUAAUUAACAAUAAUUAACAGUCUCGGACAAGAACAGCAAUUUACAAUAGGUAGCGAGGCACUGGAAGUGGUAAGGGAAUACAUCUACUUAGGGCAGGUAGUGACGGCGGAUCCGGAUCAUGAGACGGAAAUAAUCAGAAGAAUAAGAAUGGGCUGGGGUGCGUUUGGCAGGCAUUCUCAGAUCAUGAACAGCAGGUUGCCAUUAUCCCUCAAGAGAAAAGUGUAUAAUAGCUGUGUCUUACCAGUACUCACCUACGGGGCAGAAACCUGGAGGCUCACGAAAAGGGUUCUACUCAAAUUGAGGGCGACGCAAUGAGCUAUGGAAAGAAGAAUGAUGGGUGUAACGUUAAGGGAUAAGAAAAGAGCAGAUUGGGUGCGGGAACAAACGAGUUAAUGACAUCUUAGUUGAAAUCAAGAAAAAGAAAUGGGCAUGGGCAGGACAUGUAAUGAGGAGGGAAGAUAACCGAUGGUCAUUAAGGGUUACGGACUGGAUUCCAAGGGAAGGGAAGCGUAGCAGGGGGCGGCAGAAAGUUAGGUGGGCGGAUGAGGUUAAGAAGUUUGCAGGGACGACAUGGCCACAAUUAGUACAUGCCCGAGGUUGUUGGAGAAGUAUGGGAGAGGCCUUUGCCCUGCAGUGGGCGUAACCAGGCUGAUGAUGAUGAUGAUGAUGAAUAAAUAUACGCAGUAACUGUAGGAAGAAGUGCGACCCGCUGUGGUUGCUUAAUGGCUAUGGUGUUGGGCUGCUAAGCACAAGGUCGUAGGAUUAAAUCCCAGCCACAACAACCACAUUUCGAUGGAGGCGAAAUGCGAACAACUUUGUACUUGGAUUUGGGUGCAUGUUAAAGAACUCCAGCUGCUCAAAAUUUCCUGAGCCCCCCACUACGGCGUGCCUCUUAAUCAGAUUGUGAUUUUGGCACAUAAAACCCUAUAAUUUAAUUUUGAGAAGAGCACUGAUCUAAAUACCCUUCUUAAUUGAUGUCAGCUAUUGGCCAAUAGCAGCCAUGAAUUUGAAUCUGCUAUAUGAUGAUAUAUAGCUACCCGAAAAGAGCAAGAAGAAUUCAGUUGAAAAGAGAGUGUUUGAGAAAAAGGUGACUUUGCACUCCGCUUGCAAAGUCUACGCUCCGUGCAUGACAGCAAAAUUUGUGGGAUAUGUUCACAGCAGCAUAUGCUAUCAGCAGAUUGUGUUUUUCCACCAAGCCCAAGGGGUGGUUCAGAACCCCUUUAAUUGCCCUAAUAAAGAUAAACCUCAACAUAAUGCACACUGAUGUAAUGAAUUAUCAGAUACAAUGAAUUGUUGGAUAUAACAAAGUAAAUGUAAAAUUUCGUUUGCCUUGCUUUAUUUGUGUCAGUUCAUGUUCUGCUGCUUUAAAGAAACCAAAAGGGAAGCCAAAUUGCUAUAUCUUGCAAUAAAGCUUUAUUUUUUUAUUUUUGUGUGCACCUUUUUAAAUAUAUUAGGCUAGUAGCAAAAAAUUCAAAAUUCUGAAAAGCAAAUCGUAUGUGGGUAUGUGUGAGUCACUCAACACAAGAAAAUAGGUGUUCUGCAUGCUUGCACUUUACAUACAAACAUCUUGCUAGGCUUGAGCAAAGUUCAAGACGUGGUCCUUUGUCACACAGGAGGUGCUACUCGUGGGUGGAAACAAUUGCCAGCACCAACAUUUGUGAGCGUUUUCCUAAUAGAUAUAUUGCAUACAAUGGGCAAAAUCUCGCUUUGAUUGCAACAUCAUUGCAUUGAGGUUAGACUGUACUAUAUUCUAGAACACCAUGGUACUUUGAACCUGUAGCUGUUACUCAUAUUGUCAUGUUCUACAUGAAUGCACGCCAUGACUGAGUGCCUUCUCGUGUCAGCCACAAUCUACAAGUUAGAAGAAGAAAACAGUUUUGUUCAAUUACCAUUUUGAUGAUAGCAUUGCACAUAAAUAGAUUCCUGUAUAUUUUAUUGUAUUUAUAACGCCAAAUUAUUUUCUUGCAUAACACCAUAUGUAUAUAGGAUCUGGCACCAGAUUUGCACCAUUUUCAGAAAGUAGCACUUUUGAAAGGCUGGCUGUAGAAAGUAUUGAGCUAUGCAGGUGUUCACUGCUUGUUUUAAGACACACAUUUGGCAUGUUUGUUUUGUGUGUGUGUGUGUGUGUGUGUGUGUGUGUGUGUGUGUGUGUGUGUGUGUGUGUGUGUGUGCGUACGACUACAGGGCAUGGGUGAAAAACAUGAAUUCCUUGCAUGCUGCUAAAUGGGCAUUAGUAACAAAACUUUCAUCCCAGGCUCGGCACUUAGAAUUGUACCAUAUAUUUGUUCGGAAUAACGACAAAAUACCAAUUUAGGGCUUUUUCUUUGUGUUGUAGAAGAAUUACAGUGGGCUACUGCGUAAAGAAUUGGAGCUAAACCUGAGGGAAGCUAAGAAAUAUGAGGUCAAAGGAUUUCAAGUCCUGCUUGUCUUGAUUUUGCAUCUUAUUUGUAGCAUGGGCUUCGUUUAUCUUUUUUGUCAUGUGCAUGCCAAACAGUGUCCAUGUGAGCAUGUGCUUUUUCUGCUGUACUGAGAACACAAUUUAGAAGUUUUAAUCUUCUAUGCUAUGCCAGCAGGCACCUGAAGUUAGUAACUUUAUGGAGACCCUCUGGUGUUAUGGUGUACCUGGUAUAGCUUGGUGCUGACCAUGGGACGAAGUGUUUCAGUAGCAGCAGUGAAGUACAGAAGUGGCCAUGUGCCAAGACCCCUGUGCAUGGAAGUUCAGUAGGUCAUGUAAAUUUAUUACGAGGAACGUUUCACUGUUCGUUCUUGUUUUCAACCUCUCUGUCAAUUUCACUCGCAAAGCCCUGCGCAUGGUUUAAUUUAGAGAGAUGGUUUUUCUGUUUCUUUCUUUCUUAUUUCUGGUUUUAUUAGUUCCCCGAGCACAUCCUUCUAGCAAACGUGUUAGCCACCGACGACCUGUAACAUUGCCUUUGCCUUGCGCGAUUCAACAUGUUGAAGUUGCAUUAAAUUUGCGCAGACACAUUGGUUGCAUUGUUGGAGAAACAGAGCUAUUUUGCUGCAGUGUAUUUUCUGUGUCUCAUCAUGGCAGGACAUCAAAUUGCAUUUGUGCAGACUGGUUUUUUACUCAUAAUAAAUUAUAUAUAUUGUAUG